CAGACGAUAUGGGUGAAAAGGAAGGAGUCCCUACCGGGGUCUACGCGUCUACCUGGCAGGAAUGCGCUCGAAAUCUCCUAUUCCGAUGUCCACUACUGGGUCCGUGAUGAAGGAAAAGGGAUGAAGGAGAUCCUGAAGGGUCUGGACGGGCGGAUGAAGUCCGGGGAGCUGACGGCCGUCAUGGGACCGAGCGGAUCGGGGAAGAGCAGCCUCAUGAACAUUCUCGCCGGAUAUAGGCAGAAGGACGUGACCGGAAAAAUAGAGGUGAACGGCCGAGAAAGGAACCUGAGAGUGUUUCGUCACCAAAAAUCAAUGCUCUUCGCCGCCGGCCUCAAACUCUCCAGCUCCUUGUCUUUCAGAGACAAAUACACCGCUGUCGUGGCGAUCCUACAACAUCUAGGGAUGCAGGACUGUGCAAGGACAAGGGCAUCGUGUCUGUCAGGUGGAGAGAGGAAGCGACUCUGCAUCGCCCUCGAGCUCCUCGCCGACCCUCAAAUCCUCUUCCUCGACGAACCCACCAGUGGACUAGACAGCUCUACUUGUCUGCAAUGCGUGACCCUGCUGAAAAUGUUGGCACGCGAGGGACGAACCGUGAUCUGCACAGUCCACCACCCGAGCGUGAAGAUCCUGGAGAUGUUCGAUCAUCUGAUUCUCCUCGCCGAUGGCCGCUGUCUUUACCACGGCACCAUCUCCUCGCUGGUGCCCUACUUUCGCCAGUUCGGCCUUCAUUGCCCUCCAUAUCACAAUCCUGCAGACUUUGAGAAGUGGGGAAAGGUGAAGGAUAUGCUGGAGACGAGGAAGGAGGUGGUCGACGAUGACACGGCCGACUACUCCGUGUCGUUCAAGACUCAGGUGCAGUAUUUGUAUCUGCGAUGUCUCAAGACGACAAGCAGGGAUCUGUGGCUGCUGUACGUUCGAGUCGCGGCUCACGUCAUGGUCGGUCUUUUCAUGGGGAUCUUCUUCUUUGGCAAGGGCGACGAUGCCUCGAGCGUGUACCACAACGUCAGUUCGCUCUUCUUCACCAUCCUUUUCGUCGUCUUCGCCGCUAUGAUGCCUACCGUUGUGACGUAUCCAUUGGAGGUCCCUGUGUUGCUCAAAGAGAUUCUCAACAAGUGGUACUCUCUCAAGGCAUACUAUGUGGCCAAGACGAUGGCGGAUGUCCCCUUCUCCGUUUUUUGUACUCUCGUAUAUCUGGUGAUCGUCUACUACAUGACUGCACAGCCAAUGGACUUUCAUAGAUUUUUUCGUUAUCUUGUCAUCAGCGUAUUCGUCUCCGUUCUUGCUCAGUCUCUGGGACUGUUGAUUGGGACUCUCUUCCCCAUCCAGCCGUAUUGUGCAUGCUUUAUUUGGCAGGCGGCGGUUUUCGUGGGUCCAGCGUUCAUAGCGCCUUUCCUCCUGUUCUCGGGGUUCUUCCUGAGCGUGAAGGCUAUACCAAAAUACAUGCGCUGGGUUUCCAACCUCUCCUUCCUCAAAUACUACUUCGAAGGGACGAUGGUGUGCAUCUACGGCUACAACCGAUCUGACCUCGUGUGCAAUCAGCCCUUUUGUCAGUUCAAGGAUCCUGACAAAUUCUUGAAGGAGUUGGACUUGGAGGAGAACGUGUACUGGAUCGAUUUCUGGGUUCUCGUUCUUUACAACGUCGUCCUGCGUUUUGUGUCUUACUUUGUCCUUCGAUGGAAGCUUCAUCACUCUCUGUGA